AUGGAUCUACCAUUUAACGCUAAUCGAAGAUUCGUAUAUGAAUCAGUCAUAAUUACUCAAUUUGUUAAUUUGCUACUGUGUGCCGACGCAAACUGUUUAAUAAAUGCUUUUCUCAUAAAUCUGAUAUUGCAUAUAGGCGGACAAAUCGAUAUUCUUCGAGAAGGAUUAAAGAAAAUUUUUCCGAAGAAUGGAAAGUGUAAUCCGAGUCAUUUUACGAUAAAGAAGAUAAUUAAGAAGCAUCAAAAGAUCAUCACAUUUUCAGAACACAUCGAAGAUCUGUACACGUAUAUUGCAGUGGUACUAUUCGUAUCAGAUACUCUGAUUAUCUGCUGCUUAGGUUUUACAAUUGUUGCGUCGAUCGAUCAACCCAAUGCUACGAAAAGUAUAAUCAGAAAUUUCUUAUUUUAUGUCGUUAUAAAUGUGGAAGCGUUUGUAUAUUGUUUCGCUGGAGAAUAUUUGAGCGCUAAGAGCAAAGGUAUUGGAGAUGCUGCAUACGCUUCCCACUGGUAUGAAUCAGAUUCUAGAGACAGUCGAAUUAUAUUGUCCUUGAUAAUGAGAUCACAAAAUCAAUUAACCAUUACAAUAGGAAAGAUAAUGAAUUUAUCUUUGGAACAAUAUAGUACUAUUGUAAAAGCUUCAGCUUCUUAUAUAUCGGUCCUCCUUGCAAUGUAUUGA